CGAUAGUACGAAAACAAUAAACAUCGGUGAUUCUUCCAAUAAGAUAAGCUCAUAAAAAGAUAGUUUCUAUAGAUUGAAUAAGGAAUCUAUUUUAACAAACGAUCUAUGCAAUGUUAAAGAUGAUUAUAUUGUUCGUUCGUGAAUCGUACCUAACACCUUCCUAGCACGAGCUUCUAUAUUUAGGAUUUUGCACACGUGUGCUAGUCGCAAUCUUCAGGGCCAACUUCGGUAAACUAUCUUACAAUCGUUUAGAUUUACAUUCUUUAUGAACAUGAGCUACCACUUCAAAUCGAUUUCUUUUUCUCUUCUCUUCUUGUAUUUUUCGAAUUCAGUAAAUCAUCACAAAUGUAGUCUCCAUCGCGAUAAAUACAGGGUGAAUUAAAAGUAUCUUAUUAGUCAUUUUAAUCGAUUACUUCUUCGUGAAACUUUUUAAGUUCAAAGUUAAACUUGUAGUUUCUUUAUAAUCUAAAGAAAAUGAAUUAUCGAAAAGGUCUCUAGAAAGAGUAAUUAUAAUAUAAAUAAUAACCUUGAUAAAAAUGAAUACUUAAUUAAUGGAUUUAAAUUGAAUGAUCCAAGAAAAGGUGGAACUAAGAAAUCGACCUACGUUCCAAAUUAAUCUCUGCUGAUUUCUCUCUCUCUCUCUCUCUCUCUCUCUUUCUCUCUCUUUCCUUCGUUGGUUUUCGAGGUCAUGAGUCAGUGCGAACAUAAAAAAAUGAUUCUUGUAUAAGUAAGGAGUAACUCCAACGAAGGUCUCUUAUCUCUCCAACAACGUUCAUACCUUGUAUUACGUAAUAAAAUUAAAAAUUAAUCAAGAGUUAUCAGCCUUUAUCGUUGAUGAACGAUAAAAAAUAAAAAUAUAUAUAUAUCGUGUUUCCUUUAUUAAAACUUUACCAUAAUAUUCCGUCUAAUUAAUCGAUCAUGUAUUAUAAUAUUUUUUCUUACGUUUAAAAAGAAUCACAACGUGAGUCAUGUUUACCUACCAACGAAUCGAACAAAUUUCUUUAACCGAACUUUGAUCGUAUCCAGUUUAUUCUACGCAUGCCAACAUGCAUUUAUCUGUUUAUAUGUGUUAAUGGAUUUAGUUGUUUGUGUGUCUGGGAUUUACCGUGAGGGUGAAAUUCGUUAGCGAAGUGAAUCAACCCAAGGCCAUAAUCUAUGACUCGACUAAAGGAGGAAACAAUCGACUCGAUCUUCCAAGUAUAACCAUUAAACGAAGGACCGAAAGACGGACGGACGGACGGACGGAUAAAUGGCACGCGUUUUUCGGUGUUGCGCGCCUGCACUUUGCGAUCAUCGAUAACCGCUUAUUAUUGGUCCUAACCCUUCGUCCAAUCGUAGACUCGAUUAGCCAGUGCGCGCCAACGACCGUCGCGCUACCAAGCGAUUAACGCUUCAACUAAUAGCCACGAGAGAUUCUUCAAGACUAACGUGUGCUAAUUCGAAACAUAUGUGAUAAAAUAUAAUACCGAUCGAUUAAUCUUUUAUCAAUCUCUCGCUUCUGUCGUGAACUACUUAGAGAAAAUAAAUAUUGUGAAUCAUUCGUUGAAUAGUUUUGUAAUUUCAUUUACUUUUCUGAUUUCAAAGUAGAAAGAACACACUUGUUGUUUAUACACUUACUAGUGCUGUUAGAAAUGAUCUCGUUCUUUAUCGAAAUAACAAAAAUGUUAUCUGAGGCUUUUCCGUUUUGUUCAAAGUAUUGGUAUUAUAUUGUUAUCACGCUGUGUUUCUGUUUUUUCUUCGAGAGCAUUGUUAAACGAAUUAAUGAAGGAAGAAUUUUUGCAAUUAUUUCAAAUGCAUUCAAAUAUCCAGAUGGUGCGAGGAAGAAUCCACAGAACGAAGAAUUGGACAAAGUGGAUUCGGAUAAUGAAGAAAUAUGUGUAGAGUCGGCUUUACCGGAAGACUUAAAGCACCUGCCUUACGAAUACAGUAAACCGAACAAUGAAGAAUUGUUAAGGCGUGCCAAUGAAUUUUACGAAAUAGCCAAUGCGAGAAGAACUAUAAGAUUUUUUAGCGAAGAUAAUGUACCGAAAGAAGUAAUACGAUAUAUUAUCAAAGCUGCAGGUACCGCUCCAAGCGGCGCUCAUACGGAACCGUGGACUUUCCUAGCGAUAUCGAAUAAAACGAUGAAAGCUCGUAUUCGAGAAAUCGUCGAAAGGGAAGAAGAAAUUAAUUAUAAAAAAAGAAUGGGAAUUAAAUGGACGACAGAUCUUCGUCCAUUGAAAACUAACUGGAUCAAGGAAUAUCUCACAGUCGCGCCAUAUUUAAUUCUAGUUUUUAAACAGGUUUACGGUUUCUUACCGAAUGGAAAAAAAAAGGUUCAUUAUUAUAACGAAAUGAGCGUAUCAAUUGCAUGUGGUAUUCUUUUAACCGCUAUUCAGUACACUGGUCUGGUUACUUUAACCUCUACACCUUUAAAUUGCGGCCCAGCUAUACGUACUCUACUUCAGCGUCCCUCUAACGAAAAACUCGUUUUAUUGUUACCUGUUGGUUAUCCGGCAAAGGACGCUACUAUUCCCGAUCUUCGACGCAAAUCUUUAUCAGAGAUUUUAGUUGAAAUCGAUUAAUAUCGAUUAUAAUAAUUGAACAGAGAUAUUAUUGUCAACAUUUGUAAUAUUAUAAAAUACAAGUAUCCAUUUUUUUUGCAGAGAAGAACUGGACUUUUGUUGGACUAAUCGCCAAACGUGAUCCUAAAACAUUUUAAACAAAAAGAAACAAAGAAAAUGUGUUGGAAAGUGCCUCUGUGCAAUUGAAAUAUGAAAGAAAUUUUUAUUAUUCUAUACAUUCUGGCUGCCAUAGCAUGACGAAGUA